AUGGACGUUUUGCGUUCAACAUACACCGCUCCUUCCUUCUUAGCCACCAACACGAGCGCUUUCUCCUCCAUCCCGUACCUUCCUUACUAUACAGACAGCAUAGUAUUCUUCCUUCACCAGCGAGGACUGCAGAGAUAUGGAUACUCUUUCUUCCAUGCUGCGCUGCAACAACCUUGUACGCAUACCUUGUUCUCUAUCAAGGUGAAGUCAUGUUAUUGUCGUCUCAGUAUUGAAAUUACCGUUGACACAAUCGUUUAUCCAAGGGUGAAGGUCAUGGUCACUACACGACGAACAAUAGCAAACGCUGUAGCGGCUACGACUAAAUCCCCAACCAAGCCAUUAGUCACGCAAUCUGCAAACGGGACGAGUCGUAUCGUUUACACAAACAUAAAAACUUUUGAAUCCUUGACUCCAACACCAGAACCUUCCACUUCAACCAGCAGCCAGCACAGCUUCAGCACACCUUCGACACCUCCAGCUUGCAGCACAUUGAACCUCGUGAUGACCACUACUAACAAUGAGUUCCAGAACCAGGUUCAGCAUGAUCCGGGACCUCUUCCAGUCCGUCAAGUCCUGGCGCCAAAACCUCACGGUAUGGCAGGCAGCGUGAACAACCCGAUCAGCAUGCUUGAGGACUCGCCGUCCGAAAAGUCAUCCCAGGCACCGAACGAGACCAAGAGCACGAAGCGAAAGCACCAGCAGCAGCAGAAAAUUGAGCCGCACAAAUUCGUCGACAAUGGGCAUAGGAAGUUGCACAGCCACCAGCAGUUCAAGCCCGCCGUUGUUCCUCAGCCUGCCCAAGGUACCAUAUUCACCGGUCACCAAAGCCAAGAUAUAUACCGCGCGAUCAACGCAAGAGUUGCAGCUGCGACAGAGACACAGCUGGGUGGGGUACCUGCACCAGCCAAGCGGGCUGUUCCUUACGAGGUGCAAUUCCCCAUGUCAGCACGCUUUCUUGCGAACCGCGUGGUCACCAAUCCGACGUUCGCUUCGUUCAUGCAGCAGCACGGUGUCCAGGUGCCUACUGCAAUUCAGUUGCCCGCUCAGAGCGAGGUCUUCCUUCGUAGGAAGGCUAUCCAGUAUGUGAGAGAGUUCUCGAAGCCUACCCCAUGCAAGCGGUCGCUUUCCAACGUCGAUCCUGAUGAGACCAGCAGUUCAGAGUCUGAAGAACCAAUCGUUGAUGGUGGAGCACGUAAGACUCUCACCUCUUCCAUGUCUCAGAUGAAACUUAAUCCUUCAACCCUAGGUAUCAAUGUACUUCCCACGCCCAAUCUCGCGUCUACAACACAGCAUGCGUCUAUCAUCAACAGCAUCAUGCCAACGCCCACCCAGAGGUACCACGCUACACCAGGAUCUACGAAUACUUCUGCGCCUACUUCGGCAACCCAACCACUCUUUGCUCAUAAGAAAGGCAAAAUACCCGUCUUCCGCGACAGUUCCCAGAACCCAGCAAUUUCUCAACACCUCAUCGCCCCCGCUUCUUCCACCAUCCCGAUCGAACUCACGCACCUCAUCGACAACACCAUUCUAAUCACCUCCCUCCUACAGAUCUACUCGAAGUCCCGCGACCAACGUGGUCUCCGACAAGAUCUCUCUAUGCUCGUGUCCGUCCAGAACCAGCGCUUUGCAGCCUGGCAGAAGAGCGAGGCGGACGCUGCUAGGAAACAGCGGGCAAUGAGGAAGAAGGAUGUGAAUGCGAAGAAGUCUGCGGUUGUUGCCCCACCUACGGCGCAAGAUGCGGCUCGAGCUGCGCUGCGUGAGAUUUGGCAAGGCGGCGGCCAGUCGCAGACGGUGGAGCAGGCAGAGCCUACCAAGACUACGAUGGAUUCGCAGAUGAGAGACUUGUUGUCCGCGGGCGCAGGGAUGUGGCAGGAUGGGAGUGGGGUUGGGGUCGCUGAUGUUUUCACGAACAAGACAGAGGAUGGUUGUGGUGAAGAGGCAGUUCCAAGUGCAGAAGAAGAAGAAGAAGAGGAAGAGGAAGAAGAACCGGAAGCGUCUGCAGACGACGAAGAAGCCCAAGGCCAGAAUCCACCAGGAGGUCGCGGUCGCUCCAAGAAAGCCCACACCCCAUCUUCAGACACCAACAUGCAAGAUGCACCACCCACCGACGUCGUCUCCGACUCCGUCAACUAG